UCCUCAGUCGCAAAGCGGCCGCGUCGCGCGGCACCCGCUUCGUAAUUUGCGUUUUUUGUAUUAUGACAGUGACGUGAUGGAAGGAAAAGAGUUCGGUGCGGUUCCUGGUUUGCCGGCCGGCCUGGACUAUUUUAUGAUGCCGCGAAUCAGUCAGCCCACACCACAGUUCGACUUCAGGAAGCUCGGCGCCAGUUUCAGCGGCCGGAACGAUGAGAGAAGCGAAGAGCAACGGCCGAUCGAGUACCAGCCGGACCGCCGUGACCCGCCGCCGGCGCCGUGGCCUCUGGGCCUCGGGGUGCAGUUCGUCAACCCCGCGACGGGCAAGAAGAGAGUGCAGUGCAACGUGUGUCUCAAAACAUUUUGCGAUAAAGGUGCUCUUAAAAUUCAUUUUUCCGCGGUACACCUACGUGAGAUGCACAAGUGUACAGUGGAGGGAUGCACAAUGAUGUUCAGUUCGAGACGAUCUAGGAACCGGCACAGUGCUAACCCGAAUCCAAAACUGCAUUCGCCUCAUGUGAGACGCAAGAUAUCAGCACACGACGGUAGGUCUGCGCAACCGUUCCCAUUGCUGCCGGCUUUAGCCCGACUGCCACUACCGCCACCGGCACUCUUGCCACCUGAGCUUGCAGCGCGUCUGCCUCCGCCUUUGACUGGGCCUCCGGGUCAGACACCACUUCCGCCUCGCGUGCCGCUCGACGAUCUACGCAAUUUCAGUGAAAUCGAAAAAAUGUACAGAAAGAUUCCUCCAUCUGAGGACGCUUCCCGAAACGUAUUAGACCUGGCCAAGCUACCAUCCAUGCCUGAAGAGGAGUCAAUCAAUUACAGUGAAAAUAAUGAUGACGUCUCUGAGGACGAGGACAAAAACAAAUGUGAUAACAAUAUCAGAUCUCUUAACAUUGAAAGGCACAAUUAUGACGACGAACCUGAAGAUUUGUCCGUCAAUAAAAAAAGAGAGAGUGAUGAUAAUAAAACAGCUUUAGUUAAAUGUGAAACCAGUAGUAAUCGCAGUGAACCUCCCACCGCCCUGGACGAUAAAGCAUCUGUUCCAAAUAAACGAAAACGUAAAAGCGGCAACCCUACUCGUUGCUCACAGAAUAACGAAUACAGUGUUUCAGACGAAGAAUAUCAAGGGGAUAUAUUUAGGAACUUGUCGACGCCUGGGUCCAGUCGGGCAGACGAUGAACCUUUGUCGCUCAAAAAACAAAAACCAGAGGACUUGUUGACAUUUCGGAACGGAGAGGAAAUUGCUGUGGAUACGGAAUCGCUGACGCGAGUUAAGGCUGAAAGUGAAUCGGACGAUGAAUCGAGCGCUCCCAGUGUUGUGCGCGAGGGCCUAAGGCUGCGUUCUGAUCUAUAUACGCCAAGUGACAGUGGAAGUGACUUACACGCGAUGGAAGAGAGACUCACAAGGGCUCGGUCACCAUCGGCCAGCAGUGAUCGGACCGACGAGAGGGAUGUCAAUGAACUUGAAAUUCCCAUUGACGAUGAAAAUCCGGACAGGUGUACAGCCUGUGGAAAAAUAUUUCAAAACCACUUCACUUUGCGGAUGCACUAUAGAAAUGAUCAUUUAAAAUUACUUCAUCCAUGCGAUGUGAAUGGAUGCGAUGCAGCGUUUCCGUCACGAAGGAGCCGCGAUCGUCACAGUUCGAAUGUUGACCUGCAUCGCCGAUUGUUAUCCACGAAUUCGCCCGAUGGACGAGAACAAAGACCAGCGUUUGAAGUUAACGCUGAUCUACUCAACAAAUUAUAUGCAGACAUUAAAGGACUAGCAACGACUCUAGAAAGUCUAAGAUACAACGGGAACGAAGAGGCAACACAAUUUCCAAGCUACGUCACGGAAACUAUGAAAUUCUACAGCAGGAAUUUGACAGCGUUGCAAGCAGGAAUGUUCCCGCGAUUCGGCGAUCGCAGUUUUUUUCCAGCCCCCUUUCUAAUGGGUAAUGGAAUUCCACAAGCGGGCGGGCCGUAUGGAGUGUCAGCUGGAGCACAAUCCGCUCGAGAGUCAAUGUCCCCCUUGUCUGCAUCCUCACCGCCAGUUAUCUCGCCUGGCAGAUUGGACGCAGCGAACGCCCGUCCCCGAGAAGAUGCCAAACUGCUUUUUCGCGAGACUUCAGAGUCUUUUAAGAAAAUGACGUCUCUGUGUGAGCGCCAGGACCAACUCUACCAGCACCACGUGCCGGUGUCAUGACGAGGUCGUUACCCUCGCUCGCCCUGGUGAUACCUCACUUCUUGAAGCCGGCGGCGCGCGAAAGACACUACACAUCUUGAUUGUUAAUAAUUUUAAAUAUUGUGUUAAACCUAUUGCGUAUUUCGUUUUGUAUUUUCCUUGUGAUAUUUAGACAAAUAUUAUAUUGUAAUUGUAAAGCCCACGAACUGUAAGUUAUAAGGGGUAGUUCAGCUUGGGUGUUCAGUUGGCGUUGUGAAGCGAAGUGCAAUACGGACUCGAAUAUUAUAAAUAUUAAUGGACUCUUGUACGAUAUCGUAUCGUGUAGAGUACUCGUAAUCGAUGUUGAAAAUAAGCGCUAUUAUGAUCAGCUUCAUUUAUUGUUCUAGCGCAAUAAACACA